CAUCAGUUAAUUCCGCCAUUUCUCUGUGCAUAGAUGUAAAACGAAAAGUAAUUAAUUGUUUCGAAGAGAUUAAAUAAGUUUUUAAUCAUCAAAAGUUAUUUGUGUAUCUUGUGCAAAGCGUGUGUUGUGUAUGCUAGUUAAAUAAAACGAUAGUGAGUGUUCAAGUUGCAGUCUGCAGCAAACGUUUGACUGAAACUUUUCCAACGCCUUCGUUAGUUGGCCACAUUGCCGUCUCCUGUGCUGCCUUUGCAGACAUCGUGCGUGCUGUCGUAUGUGUUUUUAGUGUAGCUCUUGUCUGCUUUUACCUCUGCGUCUGCGUCCACAUAGCAGUCGGUAAGCCGUUGGGUGGGUAGGCUAGACAAAUUGCCUGGCUCUUUGCUGGACUUCGCUUUGCUUUUCUGCACUCAGCGCUGCUCAGUCAAAAAUCUCAAGUCAAUGAAGUCUGGAGUAAACUUCAAGUUCGCGCUGUUACCGCGACUAAAGUUGUCUGGAAGAGAUCCAUAUCAACGGUCCGGUGACUAAAGCCCAAGGCGCACUUCUGUCUCGCGAACAGAAUAGAAGCCAGUAAAACAGAAAAUCCUAACGAAAAUACAAAAAAAAAAAACAAACGUUGAUUCAUACAACUUAUAAGCUAUUUUCUCGAAACACUUCUUUCACUCAACAAGUUUUCGCUAUUUCCACUACUUAUUUCGUACACACUAACAAAUAAAUCAAAAACUUACACCACCAACAACAACAAAGCAACGGUGAAUAUAAACUUCGUGAAACAAAAAAUAAAAAAACGAAGGCAGCUACAACAAUUCGUUCCAACAAGCACGGCGUCCCUACGAUCUAUUCAAUCUUCUGCAAUUACUUCCAAACCACACGUGUCUCUGCCCGAUUCAUCGACGUACGACCUGCAGCACGAGACACGCAGACAAAAUCGUCACGAAAAUGUAAACCAAACGUUGGCCGAGCUAAUUGCUGUACUCACGAAACCUACACAAUAUAAAUUAAUAAAAAUUUAUAAUUUUUCAAAAUAAUUUAGAAUUCAUAUUGGAAAUUGUUUUUAACAAAUUUUGUUAAUUCAAAAAACAAACUGUGUGUGAUAUUAUUGUUUUCAUUUGUAAUUUAGUAUUAAUUUUUAAAAGUAAACAAUAAAUAUUGAAACCAAAGCGCCAAAAAGUAUGUAAAAAAUUUUAUUCACAUAAAAAGCGUACGAUAUUUUUUGUAAGUUUUUUUAUAAAACAAAAUAGUUUACAAUAAUUGGCGCUUUAAGUUUCAUUUGUACGCUUAAAUAAUUAGUAUACAAAACUUCAUAGCGGCAUAAUUUUUUAGCAAAAUUCAAAUUAAUUUCUAUUAAAAAAUAUUUGCGUCUGCAGUGUAGUUAAAAUAAUUUGUUAUAAAUAAAAAAAUAAGUGCAAACAUUUCAAAGUCCCUUCCAAUCAACUGACUUGCAGUUGGAAAACAUUCUAAAUAGUUUACAAAUUAUUGCAAUUAAUUUAAUUAUAUUAGUUAAAUUGUUUUUCAAAAAAGUUGGAAGCAAACUUUUUUAAGCUCACAAAAAUGCGCAUAGAUUUCGAUUCUUGCCCCGAAAAUUCACACAGAUUUUAGUAGCACUUAAUGAUAAGUAAAUAAAAUAAUUCCAUUUAUAAACUUUUUAAAAGAAAUAUAAUAUAUAAAUAAAUAUAAAAAUAAAAACAACGAACACAAAAUGCCGUCGCCGAGCAAGAAGCAAGCACAGCCGCAUUUGUCUUUAAUGACCAGCAGCCACGAUGAUGAUUAUAUGAAAUUAGCCGAUGCCGGUAUCAGCAAUGAUGCUUUCCAAGCGCCGCCAACACCACAAACGGCAACAACAAAUAUCUGCGAUAGCAUGGAAUUCAUUUCCGCCACACCAAAUCCAAAUCCAAAUACAGUCAACACUAAACAACACACCAAUAACACUGAUGAAUUAGUUUUAAGAAAUAAUAGCAACAAUAACAGCAACAAAACCAAUAAGAAUGACAACACACCAUACUACACGAGUAACAAUGACGUACCACAUGGACACUAUCGAUAUACAUUGCCAUUGUCACUGACAGCGCCAUUGCCACAACCCUUGCCACCACCAAUAUCACAACAAAAAGAGCAACAAUUCCAAAAAGCUCAGCAACAGGAUGAUAAAUAUAGAUUAUAUACAAUUUAUGGAAAUGACACCGACAAUGACAAGUUGUCCGGUCUCCCACAAUCGACGACUGGUUCACUAAGCUCAAUCAUCACGACGUCCAUAGCAUCCUCAGAACCAGAUCCUGGCACGGGUGGUGGUGGUCGUGGUAGCGGAGGCGGAGGCGGUGGUGGUGGCAACAGCAGCAUUGGCGCUUUAGAUGCGAGCAGUAUUGCUGGUGUGCCUGGCAGUAGUGAUGAGAAGUUGGCCUUAAAUCGACCGGGUAUUAAGCAGGAGAAAUGGUCAUCAAUAUUAUUGCAAGUGUCGAUACCGUUCUUUUUGGCUGGUGUGGGCACAAUCGGUGCGGGUAUUGUGCUCGGCCGUGUAGAGAAAUGGCGUGUUUUCAAAGAGAUCACCGAACUAUUCAUACUCGUACCGUCACUGCUUGGCCUCAAGGGCAAUCUCGAUAUGUGCCUCGCAUCACGUCUCUCCACACAGGUCAAUUUGGGUAAUAUGACGUCACGUAAAGAAGUCAUUCGUAUGAUUGUUGGCAAUAUAGCAUUGGUUCAAGUGCAGGCGACGGUUGCGUCCUUUUUGGUUGCAAUGUUUGCCAUUGUUGUUGGUUUGGCGAUGGAUGGUACAUUCUUUUUUGAACAUGUUAUGCUGCUGAUAGCGUCCGCUAUGUUCACGGCGACCUCAUCGUGCUUUGUUUUAGAUUUUGUGUUAGUGGCUGUGAUAUUAUUGUCUGAAAAAUUCAAUUUAAAUCCUGAUAACUUAGCAACACCGUUAGCGGCAUCUAUCGGUGAUGUCGUUUCAAUAAGCUUGCUCUCCUUCAUUGCUUCAUUACUAUUCGAUCACAUAAAAACUCAUUUAUGGAUCACAUUUGUUAUAGUCGCUUGUUAUUUAGUGCUUUUACCCAUGUGGGUUGCUAUUGUGCUCAAAAAUAAAUAUACUCGUCCGGUAUUGAAGAGUGGCUGGGUGCCGGUACUCUCUGCGUUGUGUAUAAGUGGCCUCGGCGGUCUUGUGCUCGAUGCCUCUGUGGAAAUAUUCAGCGGAUUCGUCGUAUUUCAACCGAUUAUCAACGGCAUUGGUGGUAAUUUGGUGUCGGUGCAAGCGAGUAAAAUCUCAACAAUGCUGCACCAGAGCUCAAUUAUUGGCAUUAUACCACCACAUACGAAGAUUUUCGAAUGGCCAUGGAAGGCGCUGUUCAAAGGAGUUCCAUAUGCUAAAACGGCGCGCAUACUCCUUGGCAUGUCAAUUCCCGGUAAUAUUGUGUUCGUGUUUGCUGCCGAUUACAUACACAUGUCCACGUCCACGGUUACAAUUGCUUUCGUUUUAUCUUAUCUGACGGCGAGUUUAAUUCAGGUUAUGUUACUGUUGUAUAUUGCUCACGUUAUUGUGCAUGCAAUGUGGAAGUGGAAAAUCGAUCCCGACAACUCAUCGAUUCCUUAUCUAACUGCGCUGGGCGAUUUGCUGGGUUCAAGUUUACUAGCGCUGGCUUUCCUCUUCCUGCUUUCGAUUAAUCAAGAAUACGGCACUGAACUGAACGAACUCAAUGCCUCGAACUGAGAGCGAAAUAAACGAGCGCCCCAAAUAAAUUACAUAUGUACAUGUGUAUAGGAUAAUAAAGGAGAGAGGGGUGCGAGGCUACAACGUUUAAAAUAAAACCAAUAAAUACAACAAUUACAUGAAAGGCUUUAAAGUGAUAAACGAAAAUUUAAUAAAAAAAAGAAGUUCCCGAUUUUCCCAAGCCGAAGCGUGGUAAAGCAGCAACAAAACGCAUACAUUUACCAACCAACCUUCAGUACGUACCUAAAGAGCAUUAAUUUAUUUUUUUAAGCCAAGCCAUAAAUAAUAAACUUAUAAAAUAAUAUAUAAAAAAAUAAAAUAACAUGAAAGCGUUAAAAAUCGAUGAUUUUAAUAUAAGUAUAUGUAUGUAUUUAUGUAAAAAGUUAUUUAAUACUAUUAAUUUUAAAACGAAAAGUGGAAUGUUGGGGUAAAAGAAAUAAAACGAAGGGGUACAAAUGAAACGAAUUGCUAGUGCGACUAUUUAUAAUAACUGUAAAAUUAUGUAGUAAACAAAACGAUUUAUAAGCAGAAGAAAAACGAAAAAAAAAAACAAUAGCAAGGCAAGUAUGUGUGUAUAUACGAGUAGGUUAAACGAAUUAUGCGCGAAUUUAUAUUAAUGACAAAGAUUAAAAAAAAAGGGAGUUAUGAAAUUUGCUGGUACUCAAAAUGUCACGCCUAAAACGCAAACCAAAUCAUACACAUAUGUAUUGUAUUCAAUUUUGAAAAGACUUGCAUACAGAUAGUAUUAAAAACAUACAUAUAUGUAUAUUUGUAUAUGCUUACACCAGAAUGUAUGUAUGUAUAUAUGGCGGUAAAGUAUAUGCCACAAAUGCAAUUAAAGACUCGUUUGCUCGGUAGCGUUGCAGAUCAAUACAAUAAUAUUGUUAAUAAUUAUAUGCGUAAAUAAAGAAUUAGUACAGAAAAAGUGUCAUAAAUAAAGUAAAAUAAAAUUAAUAACCAAUUAUUCAAAAAAAUAAGCAUAACAUAAAUGCAACAUAUAUGUAAUUAUUAACGACAAGUGAGAUUUUUUAAUAAUGAUUCGUAAACUAGCUUGAGUUUGUUUAAUUAAAAUAAUGCAAUAAAGUCAAAUAAAUUAGUACUUAGUUCAUUACACCUUGUUAAAAUGCAAAACGAAAAAAAACAUACAUAAAACAACUCAAUUAUUACAUAAUAAGUAAAGAACGUGAAACUAAAACAGAUGGCAUGAUUAAAAAGCUUUAAGUUGAUUAUGUUUAUAUUUAAUAUUUUUCAUUUUAUUUUUUCCAUUAUUAUUAUUUUUUAUUAUUUUUUUAAUGUUUUUAUAUAUAUUUUUUAAAUUCAUUUUUUAAUUUUAUUAUAUUGCCUUUGCGUUUCUGUCCACAUUGCAAGUAUUUGUAACUAUUCCUACACACAUUGCCCUAAACCACCGGUUAAAGCAAAUGCUUAUUAUGCCACUUUCCCAUUACCACAUAUGUUUGUUAUUAGUUAAUUAAUAAUAAAUAUAAAUAAUAAUAUUAAGUUAAUUAAAAAUAUUCAAAAAACAAUAUUGCCAAAAAAAAAAAAACAGAUUUCAUUUUUGUAAAUCUGUACACAAUAUUUUGUUGGUAGGUAUGCAAAUUCGAAUGCUCAUUUAAGAAUUAAGAGUUUAUGCAUACAAUUAUGAUUUUUAUUGUGCGCCAGAGUUUUUUAGAUAAUAACUUAUAGUGUAGAUAAAAAUAAAAAGUAAACAAGUAUUUAAAUAUGUUCCAAAACUAUUACCGUUAUGUAGUUAAACAGCUUAAAAUUUAUUUAAAUAUCUGUAAAAAAUUGUGUUAAACAUUUACUUUUAAUUUUUAAAGUAAAAGUUCCCAUACUUAAGUCAACAUAUAUGUAUUUAAUAAUUUAAUUUAAAUUUUUAGUUAUUAUUUAAUUAUAAUGGCAUUCGAGUUAAAUUUAUAUGUUACGUGUACAUGCAGCCGCAUGCGGGUUUUUAUGGGAAAUGUGAUCGAUAUUAAUAAUUAAUUAUUUUUAAAAUAGAAAUUGUAUAUUGUGUAUGCUACUAUUUAAUUACGUUAUAUUAUGUAAUAAUUUUUAUUUACUUAAGAAUUAUCGAGAAAAAUAAUUUGUAAGUAAACAACCAAAUAAAAAAGUAUAAAUAAAAUUGCGAAAUAAAAUGUUUAAAAAUGGA